AUGCUUCCUAUUCGUCUACUCACUUUAGGCUUUCUUGUCACCGCCAAAUCUGGUAUAGGUCUCGCUGUACCAGACAGUCAACAUGGCAGUUUGAACAUCAAAAGAGAUGCUCAAUCCGAUUUCUUCGGACCACACGGCGUAGAGUACACCCAAUGCUUUCAGAACUCCAAAGAAGGAUUUCAGAGUGAUGGUUUCCUAGCUACUUUGGCAACUUGGAUUAAGCUACAUCCGAAUAACACCGAGGAUUUGGUCACAUACGAUGAGAAGACUGAUAAAGCCACUUAUCACCUUCAUAAUAUACCAAAGAAUUCCUACCUAACUCUCACUGGCAAAGUGGUGGACACGCAAGAUAGAGUUGUCGAACAUUCCAAACUGUUAUCUGGGGCCGAUGGUCCCGAUGAUUCUUGGUUUGUCAAAGGCGCAGAGACUGCUGCUUGUAUGGUCGAAGGUACUGAAGGCUAUAAAGAUAAUAAGAUCCAGGAUAGAGCCGCAGGACUGGCCAUAUGGAUUUUGACAGGUAGACAACCCUAUCAAGGGGCUUUCGUCACCAGGACAGAUCUCUUUGAAGAAGUCAAAAUAUCCGAUCAUUCUAUGUUGACACUUCUUACCAAAAAAGAUGCAAGUAAGCAUUUAUCUCCAGAUACAUGGGUUGGCGUUAUGCGAUUUGAAGGUACUACAGAAGAAGGCAUGAAGAUGAAGUUGUGGGAUCCAACUCAUAACAAAUCAUAUUGGGUAUCAUUGAAAGACGCCUACGACGAGAUCUAUGUUCACUCUAAGAUCCGUGAUGAGAAAGUCACUUCAAUCUAG